AUAUCUAUUUUUUAUAUUUAUAUAUAGAUGUUUAAUAUAUGUGUAUAUGUAUAAUAUUAAAAACAAAAGCAGUUCUUAUUAUGAAUUUUUAUUCUACCUGCCAAAUUAUAUGACAUUUCGAUUUAUUAACAUUUAAAAUUUUAGUAAUUAUUAAACACUUAAAUUAAUUGAGUAUGUAACAAUUCUGAUCGCAUCAACGAACCGCGAUCAUCAAUUCCACAAAAUACUUACAAUAUGAAAACUUAACAAUUUUUUUAGUACAUCAACCAAAAUAACAUUCAUCAACAGAAAGAAAUAACUUAUUAAACAGGACAAAAUGAGUCGACGUCCAGGUCUAACAAGAACUGAACAACUUCGUCAAGCCAAAACUGCCAGAGAGCUUGAAAGGAUGCAAGAAAGAGCUGCAAGACUUCCACCACCAGAACCAUUAAAAGUACGCAAACGGCAUGUUAGGCCUGAACCAAAAAAACUGGACUUCACUAAACCAGGAUUGACUAAAGCAAUGUUAGCUAGAGUAAAACAAGCUGAAAAAUUUAAACAAGAAUAUGAACGUAAGCAUGAAGUUCAAGUACCUAAGAGAACACCUGCACCAAUAGGAGGUGAUCCCAGGUUGCCACGAAUUAGAUUGGGUAGGGAAAGAAUACCACCAAGGCGUCCUCCACGUGCACCUCCGGCUGUAACUCCACGACCUGUAAGUCCAGUUGCUGGACCUAGUGUGCCACGUGUACCUUCUCCUCCUAGGAGACCUGUUGCUCCAAAAAAACCUAUACCUAAAAAGACCACUGAUUUAGCUAAAAUGAUGAAUGCUGAUGUAAUUCAAGCUGAACCAGUUGGUGAUGGAGUAAUAAAUAAUAUUGUAAUACCUCCUGGAGCAGUAAAUGAAGAACGUACUACUAUUAUUAGUGUAGCACAACCACCUGUAGAAGAAACACAAAUAUCACAAGCAGCUAGUCGUUCAAUUCAAGUGAUCAGUGAAACUCUUAAUGAGCAAGAUGCUGCAGAAUCUGCAGCGGUUCAAAGUAAAUUAGCAGAUUUGCAACAAGCUAGAAGAGAUUUUGUUAUUGCGGCUGCAAAUGUUGGUGCUAGUGCUUUCGCUCUUGAAGAUAUCACUCCUCCUGAAUUAUUUGAUGUUACUCCUCCUCCAUCUAUUGCUGCUCCUGAAAUUGUUGCUCCAAGACGAUAUGUUCGAGUUCCUGAAUUACAUGAAGAAUUUUUACAACCUGAAUAUGGUAUGGAUCAUCCAGAUAUUAUUGCUGCUCGUGAACAUAUGAGAAAAGUUAAAGCUGAGAUACAAGCAAGAGAAGCAGCUAAAAGAAUAGAAGAAGAAUUUGAAAGACUUGAAAGAUUACAAGCAGCUGCAGAACAACCAGAAGAAGUACCAAUAGAAGUACCAGUACCUAUACCAGAAGAAGAUAUAGCUUGGGAAGAACGAGAAGGCAUAAGAAUAAAAGCUCAUAUUCCUCCUACUCCUAAAUUACCAGAACCUUAUCAAUAUGAACCCUUUGAUCCUGAACAAUUAGAAAGAUUUUUUGAUAUUCAAACUUAUCCUCCUUGUGAACCAUGUGGACCACCACCAGGUAGAGAACAUUUACCUCCUGAUUUGUGGGAAUUAGAAGAUCCAUGGUAUAAACCAGCUCCAGAAGAUGAGCCAGAUUUAAUGGAAUUUUCAGAUUUAAUAAAAUUUUGAGUAAUCAAAAAUUCUACAUUUCUAAAGUUUGCUAUAUAUAUUUUUUUAUUUUAAUUUGCUGUAAAAUACUUAUGUCUUACAUAAUGUAUAGAUGUAAAUAAUAGCAAUAAUUUUUUAAUUUUAUCAAAUAACAUAUAAUUAACAAAAUUUAUAUUUAAUUAAAACAAUUAAACAUAAAAUAUUCUAUUAGCAAAAAAGUAAAAAUUACAUCUAUAAAUACGAGUAAUAUAAUUUAUAUUAAUAUAUUUUUUUAUAUUUUUAAAUAAAAUUUAUACGAAUAUAUUUAUCAAUCAUAAGCAACUGAUGUAUUGAUAAAUAUAAUCAAUCAUCAAUAACCAAUAAAUAUAAUAUGAAAAUAUUAAUGAUUAAGAUUUAUAAAUUAUCAUAUGAAAUAUUACAUACUUGAUUAACGUUGUAGAUGUAAAUGCGACAAAUUCAUAAUCCACAAAUUUAAUAUGUUAUAUAGUCUUAUAAUUAUAACUCACAAUAAAAAAUUAGCAAAAUUUA